AUAGGAUAGACUAGGAUGUUCGACGUGUUACUGAUGAGAUAUGUGUCGAAAUACGAGGACGUAAUCUCUUUAUAAUUUUCUGUUCAGGUAUUUUACGCAUGCCUCUCAACUGUUUCUUUUUUGCAUUUGUACGUAAAUUGAUUCACACGGGUAUUAGGGCGUAAAUAUAACGAGAAAUGCUGAAAUCAACAAAAAGAUUAUCCACAGAUUGCUUUGCAAAAGACAGGGAAGACAUUUGGAAUAUCUACCAAAGUUGAGCUGGGAAUACACGAAGGCAUUGUUAAACCAACUCUUCUUUAUAUGUAUAUAUAUAUGUGUGUGUGUGUGUGUGCAAUGAGGUAUUGCGAAACGCCUUCGGGAAAUAAACUGUUGUGAGAUACGUAUUGCCUUUUCCUGGAUGCCCCCAGAAGCUGUAGGCGCAACCCAGUUCCAUCACAGAGCCAUGAUGCCACCUGGAUUACUAAUAGCUGGUAUCUUGAUGUUGGAAAUUCAAAGGUUUGCAGCGAGUGGGGAGCCUCUUAUCCAUGUCGAAUCGCCUUACAAUUCCGUCACAGUGGAAGAAGACAGAAUCCUCCAUUUCGAUCACCCGAAAGGCAAAGCUCGGGUCUUUUUGGGCCUUACCUUACCUGACAGUUCAAGUCCUGUGCAGUGCACUGACGACAUGAAAUGCCUAGAUUUCGGAGGAACCUACUUAGAAGCGCAUGACGAGGCGCACUGCCAAAUGAUUACCUGGGUCACCGACACUCUUUCCCAGUUAAAGGACUGCGUGGUGCUGGAUGGUCACUGGUACGGAGGAGGUCAACAGAUCUCCCAGCCUUGGCCAAUAGAGAAGGUGCCACGCAACGAGACACCUUACGUAACAGCUGACAUGUUGCAGAGGAGGGACCUGUGGUACGGGGGAGUCUCUGAACCGUACUGGAUCUCUUCUCGAGGAAUAGCUGUCAGGGUAACAGACGACACACCUCUUUUCUUGAGUCUCCCGGACGAAGACGAGGAUGGGAAAGCUGACCUCUUGUGUCUGAGAGCCGCCCGGGAGCCACCAUACCCGCCGCUUCCAGACUUUCCUCUCACUUUGACAUACUACCUGUGCUCUGGAGCCAACGUCAAGGAGGUUCACGAAAGGACGACUCCGGUCUCAUUCCCGUAUCCUCCCGCCAUUCCAGACGUCAGGAUGCUUCAGGACCCGAUCUGGUCAACUUGGGCCGAAUACAAGGAAAAUGUUAACGAGCAGAGGGUCCGGGAAUUUGCUUAUGGGAUAAAAAGAAGAGGAUUCAAUAACUCACAGGUUGAGAUUGACGACAGCUGGGAGACGUGUUACGGAGACCUUAGUUUCAAUCCAGAUAAGUUCCCUGAUCCAAAGAAACUCAUAGAUGAACUGCACGCAGAAGGCUUUCGUGUGACCCUUUGGGUCCAUCCUUUCGUGAACAGCGAGUGUCAGUCAUUCGUCGAAGGCGACCAAAAAGGUCAUUUCAUUCAGGACGAAACGGGUGUGACGCAAUUAACCUCGUGGUGGCAGGGUUCCAGCGCAGGUCUCGUCGACUUCAGCAGCCCUGAAGCCGUCCGCUGGUGGACUCACCGACUGAAGGUCCUUCAGAAAUCGACAGGAAUUGAUUCCUUCAAGUUUGACGCUGGGGAAACGUCUUGGAUGCCGAAGUCCUACGUCCUAAAAAACACUGACAGACGAGCUUGGCCCAAUGUUUUCUCCAAACAGUUCGUCGAAGCCGUAGUGAAGUUUGGCGGGAUGAUUGAGACUCGUGUUGGAGGAAGCACCCAGAGGCACCUAGCCUUCGUCAGGAUGCUUGACAAGGACUCCACUUGGGGUGAGGACAAUGGACUAAGGACUCUCGUCCCGUCUCUUCUGCAUUUUGGGAUUCUAGGUUACCCAUACGUCUUACCUGAUAUGGUAGGAGGAAAUUCCUACGACCAAGAGCCGAGCGAGGAACUUUUCCUAAGAUGGGCCCAGGCAAACACCUUUAUGCCUGCAAUACAAUUUUCCAUAUUGCCAUGGCGCUACGGUGAUAAGAUGACAGAGAGGUGUCAGAGGGUAACUGCCCUUCACAAGCAGUUUUCUUCAGUAUUAAUGCAACUGGCGGAGGAGGGAAUACGGAAAGGAAUUCCUAUGGCGCGUCCUACUUGGUGGCUGUGCCCAGAGGAGGAAAUCUGCUUGACAGCUGACCAGCAAUUCUUACUUGGGGACAAGAUUCUGGUGACCCCAAUAGUCCAUGAAGGCGCGAAGACACUCACAGUGGUCAUUCCUCCUGGAAACUGGAAACGAGCUGAUACUGGCUAUUACUACCACGGGCCUCAAAUCCAUUCCUUAGAUGACAUCACCUUAGACAGUAUUAUUUAUUUUACAAAAGAUACUGAGAAAGAACUCUGAUCUUCGUCAUUUUAUCUACUUGGAAUAUCCUGUGAGAUUCUGUAUAAGUUAGUUUUCAUUCAAUAUUCUUCAGUAUAAUGGAAAUACGUCCUUCUAUUUUUAUUUAUUUUUUUUAACCAAGAAUACCCAGUGGUGUUGCAGAUCACGUAGUAGAGAGUAAUGAAUCUAAAUAUGUAUCUUUCAUAAUUAGCCCGGGCAGGGAGUUAUGCAAAUCUUCGCAUACUAGAAAUACAAAGCAAUACUGUAUCCCAGAACGAUAAUUAUUGCACUAUGUACUUAACCCAAAUAUAUCUUCAGCUUCAUAAGAAAUUUUAACUUGCUGUAGAAAGUUACUCGUGUUUUUUUUCGUCAGUUUUUCUUCUAAAAUGCAUUAAUAGUGUUGGCGGUAUCAAACGGUGCUGAUGUAAAUUCUAUUUUAUGUAUACACGUAAAAGAAAGGUCACUUUUUUUGGCCAAAGUUUUUUCCAGAGUAGCAGAUAAAAAGAAGCAUUGUUUAUUGAAAAUGUUAUUUGUAUUUGUCAUUAGUUCGAUAUCAUGAGUCAAGAAGAGACCUAACACUCAUCCCAUAAUGUAUUAGUUGCCACAAUUGCAUAGACAUUUGGCAGGUGUACGAUUCAUUGUUGUGUUAGGCAUAUGCAGCACAAGGCAUUUGAGCAGUUUUAUAAAAAAAAAAAAAUAUUAGUUUUAUCACAGAAUCCACUUCAGGAGCUACAUUCUGAAAUGCAAUGAAAAGGUAUCAUUUUUGUCCAAGAUCUAAAAGUUGCUGGAAAAUACUUGUUAUGCUUGCUGAUAUUACUUGAACUGAAAACUAUCCAUCUCCCCUUGAGCUAAAAUAUUUUCCAAUUUAACCGUCACUUGUCACUUUCACCGGAGAUGCGCAAAUAAAACGAGCCUACUAGCAAAAAGCAUUUCCCAACAUCUGUGGAAACCAUCAAUCGAACGUCGCUUCAGAGCCUCCAAAUGGAGGGAUGUCAAACUCACUGGCUUGGCUUGCUAUUUAUUGAGUGUGAGGAUUUCAAAACUAGCGUCACUCCACGUGUCAGGAUUUAUUUCCGGUCUCACGUGGCUGGAGAGACCUUUGUUACUUAUCAUAUGUGUCUCUACCACGAAGUGGUUUAGCGCCGUCAGUGUACCUAAUGUUCUUUGCAGCGUCCCUUCGGACCCUAGCUGUAACACCUUACAUUCCUUUUACUGUGCCUCCACUCAUGUUCUCUCUCUCUCUCUCUCUCUCUCUCUCUCUCUCUCUCUCUCUUUUAUUUAUUUUUUUUUUAUCUUGGUAUCCUCACUCCUUUCAAACCUUUUUACCUUCAGUUUCCCUUUCAGCUCUGAAUGACCUCAUAUGUCCUAGCGCUAGUCCAUUGGCCUAAAUUCUAUAUUUCCUUCGAUAUGUGUCUCUAUGACGUACACACGUUACGCCAUGACCUCUCCUUUGUCUCUGCUACUCAGUAAAGACCUUUAAAUGUCAGCCUUUGUCCGAGGUAGACCUAUCAUCUUUCCAGAUGAGAAAAUUAAAAAAAUUUUGCUUUCAUCAUCAGCAUCGCUACAAAACGCCGAACAGUAUUUCUGCCUCAUUCAUCGGACAUUAUAUCGGGCAACAAUGACACUACAAUGCUACAACUUCUUUCUCUUGAUAAUGACUUUCAUUUCUUCUCAUAUUUCCUUAUCCUUCUUGCAGAACAAUUGUGCAAGUUUGGAAGGAAAUGGAAGGAAGAUAAGUGGAGGAUCCUAAAGAAGUCUGAGAAAAAAGGAAAAAUAGCUAAAAGGCUUGGGCUGGAUUUGCUCAUUUUCUUUACAGACUCGGUACAACAGAGCUCACUCUCUGUGUAACCGUAUUUAUAAACCCUGCCAUCGCUUAAGAAAUCCUGAGGAUUCUCUCUCUCUCUCUCUCUCUCUCUCUCUCUCUCUCUCUCUCUCUCUCUCUUGUGCCUCUGCGAUAAGACUUUUUGAGGAAACUUAGGCCUACUUUCACUUCCCUGCAACGAACUUUGAAGACUUUUAGUACAGGCCUUUGGGGGGACUUCUAAUACAAGAUCCUUCUCUCAGUACGUCUGAAAAAAAAAAAAGAACUUUAACUGGUAUCAUUUUUUUUUUAUUCUUGAUGGCAGUUUCCCAUGUAUUCUGGAGCCUGUCUUUGGGACGCUCCAUCACUAAAUUCUCAUCAACAUAAAAAUAAAAAUAAAAAACUUAGAAAAAAAUCCUGUAUAAAUCUACUUUCUGGAAAAGCAUAUCAGCAUUUACGUUAUUCCUGAAGCGCAUUUGAUAAAAUGCUAAAGUGAAAGAAAUUUAAUGUAAACAAACUAAUAUAGUGCCAUACUAUGUCUGAAAUAUUUAUAUUAAUUCAGUACCUUCCCUGUGAAGAUUUGUCUAUUGCAUAAAAUGUUUGCUUAAAGUCCUUCCUCCGACUAAUCUGAACUUGUAGAGCGUGAAAUAGUCGUUAAUGAAAAUAAAGUAUGCAUAAGGGAUGAUUGAAACGUUGCGGAUUACAAUAUUAAUUGGCAACGGAAGGUUGGGUGGCCUAAGUCCAGAGUUCACCACCAGGCCUUUCAUGCCCUUGUACACAUUACCACACUUAUAGAUUACUUUAAGGCAUGCUUAGCAUAAGCCGGCUUAUUAUAGUCUGUGUGAGACCUUCCAAAUACUGCAACCUUGUUUAUAAUGCAAAACAGAAUUGUCACUGCUAAAUAAGCCUGUAAUAAAGAUAAUUUCAGUAUAGCUUUUUUAAAAAUCAAAUUCCUCUUUUAUUUUCUAUUAAUUUUUAUACAAUUAAACUCAGCAAGAAAAGCUGUGGGAUGCAGCAAAUAACUGUAGAGAAUCAUAAUGACUGCAAUGAUUAAUUUAUAGUUUGCACUUCUCUAAAACGAAAAGAAUAAACACAAAACCACAAUAAAAAGAAAAAAAUUCUCUCUGGGUUUAUGAAAGUU